AUGACUCUCAAUGAAGAAGAGUCGUCAAGAAUGCUUGGUUGGCCGUACACCCAGAGUCCUUGGGAUGGCUCCGAGCUCGGUAAAUGGGGUUAUAGCCGAGAUACACAGGACGAAGAGCGCAACGAAUACACCUGCAACUUUGCUAGAUACGGCAUGAGGCCCGCGUUCAGAGACCUUAAUAUCGAUAUGAGGCCUGUUGAACAUGGUGGUCCCAACCAUUGCUUCUCGGUACAGCAUCGGGCUGGCCCUAGCAUCAAAAACUACCCGAUGGAGACGGGUGGUUUUGCACGGAUUGGCAUCAACGUGGUGAGUGGUAUCAUUUACUUCCUAGCCCGGAGUUCUCCCGAGGUUGCAGCCGAAGCAUACUGGGAUGUCGACGAAGUUCCUAGUGAUGCUCUGCCGAAGCUACGUUCGAGUUCGGACCUUACCUAG